UGCUUCAGCAGCAGCUAAAGCAAUGGCCAAGAUCCUGAUUGUGGCUCUGUGCGUGGUGGGCUUUGCCCUGCUCCUGGAGGCCCAGCGCCAGGAGGGCGGCAGGGGUGGUCGGGGAGGCCCCGGCGGCCCAGGUGGUCGUGGUCCUGGUGGUCGCAAUGGUCCCGGAGGGCCAGGCGGCCGUGACGGUCCUGGAGGCCCUGGUGGUCGUGACGGUCCUGGAGGCCCUGGAGGUCGUGACGGUCCUGGAGGCCCUGGUGGUCGUGACGGUCCUGGAGGCCCUGGUGGUCGCGACGGCCCUGGAGGUCGUGGACCCCCUCCUCCUCCUCCCAGCAACGGCAGCGACCCUAACCCUCCCCCUCCCCCACCCCCCAGCAACGGCAGUGACCCCAUCCCCCCUCCUCCUCCUCCUCCAUCCGGCAACGGCAGCGACCCCAUCCCCCCUCCUCCCCCCAGCAACGGCACCAUCCCCCCUCCUCCCCCAGCAACGGCAGCGGACCCCCACCUCCUCCUCCCCCUCCUCCCAGCAACGGCAGUGACAUCGAGAUCACCACCCUCGCCGUUGAUAUCGACGUCAACAGCGAAGUUGAGUUCCUGUGAGGAGCAGUGCUCGCAAUCUGGCUAAAAUAAAUGACGUCAAAAAUCA